AUGGCGAGCGAGAACAAGUCAGCCUAUGUCGAGCUUGACCAUUAUGGCUCGGCAAAUUCACCACAGCCAUCGACGAAAGAGUUGAUUCAUAAAGAGAGAAGAGAAGGAGAAGGAGAAGAAGAAGAAGCGGCAGUACCCGAUGGCUCAGCAGAUGAAUCAGGCUACGCACGCCUUGUUAACACUCGCCUUACCAAGGACAACACAAUCGUCGCCACAGCGAUUCCAAAAAUCACCGCGGAAUUCGAUUCGCUUCCUGACAUGGGCUGGUAUGGCAGCGCCUACAUGUUGACUACAUGUGCGGUGACCCUCAUUUUCGGCAAGCUUUACACCUACUACUCGUUGAAAUGGACAUUCAUGACGGCAUUGACGUUGUUCGAACUUGGGUCUCUCGUCUGCGGCGUUACGCCAACCUCAACGGGGUUGAUCAUUGGGCGAGCUCUAGCCGGUGUAGGAGCUGGAGGUCUUUUUUCGGGCUCGAUGCUUGUCAUUUCGACACUUGUGCCUUUGAGAAAGCGCCCGAUCUACACUGGAAUUAUUGGCGGCAUCUUUGGAAUUUCUAGUGUCGCCGGGCCGUUGUUAGGAGGCGCUCUCACGGAUCAUGCAACCUGGCGGUGGUGUUUCUAUAUCAACCUCCCAUUUGGAGCCGUCACAGCCAUUAUGAUUGCAUUUUUCUUCCAGGACAAACCACCUCAGAAGCACAUCACCAGCCGUGAGAAACUUCAGAGCUUGGAUUUAAUUGGCACAGCCAUUUUCUUACCUACUGUCGUUUGUCUCCUGCUUGCCCUGCAGUGGGGAGGUCAGAAAUACCCCUGGUCAAAUGCGCGGAUCAUCGUGCUAUUUGUGUUAUUUGGUGUGGGCCUUUGCAUCUGGCUGUACGUUCAGCAUGCAAGGCAGGAACUAGCGACAGUACCACCUCGAAUCAUCAAGAAUCGCAAUGUGUGGGGUGCACUGGCCUAUAAUACCUGUCUAGGUGGCGCAUUCUUUGUCUCGGUCUAUUACCUUCCCCUCUGGUUUCAGGCAAUCAAAGGCGCCGAUGCUACCCGGUCUGGCGUUAUGAACCUCCCAUUGAUCUUAGGAGUCACUAUCUUCGCAAUGGUUUCAGCAAUACUUGUGACAGUUUCAGGAUACUACAAUCCUUUUAUGCUGGCGGCAUCUGUGAUUUUCAGCAUCGGAAAUGGCCUCUUGACAACACUGGAACCGAAUUCUGGUUCUGCGAAAUGGAUCGGCUACCAAGCUAUGACUGGGAUUGGAGCGGGCAUGGGUAUGCAGCUGCCAACUAUCGUUGUGCAAGCAGCAGUUCAAGAGGCCGAUAUUCCUGUCGCGACCACGUUGGUCGUGUUCAGUCAAUCACUCUCGGGUGCGAUCUUCAUUUCCAUUGCCCAAAAUGUCUUCCAGAAUCGUCUGGUUGCAAACGUUCGGAAAUUGGUUCCAAAUAUUGACCCAGCUGUCAUUGUUCGAGUUGGAGCAACAAAGCUACGGGAAACAUUUCCCGAUAACCUCCAUAUGGUCCUACAAGCGUAUAACAAUGCGGUGACGCAGUCUUUCUACAUUGCAGUGGCAAUGAGUGCGCUUUCAAUCUUCGGGGCUUUAUGUCUCCAAUGGAUUUCGGUUAAAAAGAAGCAGAUGACGCCGGCGCAUUAA